AUUCAUUCAUUCUUCUUCUUCUUCUUCUCGGUGCUUGCCUCUCUCUCUCUCUCUCUCUCUCUAAUGUAUGCAGAUAGAGUAGAGAAUCGCAAGGCACAGAAGAGGCAUGAUCUUGUGAUUGAUUCGGAUCUGACAAGCGGAUUAUGGGAAGGCCUACGGCGGCAAAAAACCACCACAAAUCUCCCAAAUUGGUGCUAAUUUGCAUUGGCCUUCUAGGAGCUGCUUUGAUCGCCGAUCUAUUCUGGGCCUCCUCCUCCUCCUCCUCUUCUUCCUCGUCUUUAUCUUCAUCACUUCUCUUCUCUCUUUCAUCGCCACCAUCUAAUUGGGAUCUUCCUAAACCUGACGAACUAAUCCUACCUCAGAUUUCCUCCCAUUCCAAGGGAGGGACGACUAAGAAGAAUGACGUACCUGAGAGAGUGUUGUCCGCAACUUUUGCUGAUUUGCCUGCCCCUCAAUUAGAAUGGGAGAAGAUGGCAACCGCUCCUGUGCCUCGCCUUGACGGCGCAGCUAUACAGAUUAACAAUCUUCUCUAUGUCUUUGCUGGAUAUGGAACCAUUGACCUUGUACACUCUCAUGUUGAUAUAUAUAAUUUUACGGACAAUUCAUGGGGAGGAAGGUUUGAUAUGCCAAAAGAAAUGGCACAUUCACAUCUGGGGAUGGUAACUGACGGGAGAUAUAUUUAUGUGGUCUCUGGACAAUAUGGCCCACAAUGUAGAGGGCCUACUGCUCGUAACUUUGUGCUGGACACUGAAACAAAGCAAUGGCGAGAUCUUCCUCCCUUGCCUGUACCUAGGUAUGCACCAGCUACCCAACUUUGGAAAGGUAGACUUCAUGUGAUGGGUGGCAGCAAAGAGAAUCGACAUACACCAGCGUUAGAGCAUUGGAGUCUUGCAGUGAAGGAUGGCAAAGCUUUAGAAAAGGAUUGGCGUAAUGAAAUACCCAUCCCCCGUGGUGGACCUCAUAGGGCUUGUAUUGUAGUAGAUGAUCGAUUGUAUGUUAUUGGUGGACAAGAGGGUGAUUUCAUGGCUAAACCUGGCUCACCUAUUUUCAAGUGUUCCCGCAGAAAUGAGGUUGUAUAUGAUGAUGUGUACAUGCUAGAUGAUGAAAUGAAAUGGAAAGUCUUACCUCCCAUGCCAAAGCCUGAUUCCCAUAUAGAGUUUGCUUGGAAAAUUGUCAAUCAUUCUAUUUUUAUUGCUGGAGGCACAACAGAGAAGCAUCCAGUGACCAAAAAGAUGAUACUGGUCGGAGAAAUCCUUCAAUUUAAUUUUGAUACGCUGAUGAUCCUUGAUUGGAUUGUUAAUGAAUGGUUGCAGAAAUGGUCGGUGCUCGGAAAACUUCCGUUUCGGGUGAAAACGACGCUAGUCGGAUAUUGGGAUGGAUGGUUAUAUUUUACGUCAGGCCAACGAGACAGAGGGCCAGAUGAUCCAGCACCAAAGAAGGUCAUCGGAGAAAUGUGGAGAACUAAAUUGCAUGUGUGAUGAGAUGAGAUUGAUUGUUUGUCAUCUACUACUAACACUAAUACUAAUAGGGUAUCUAUCAGCUCAUAGCCAAAAUAGAAAUGUAUUUUAGUUUGUUAUUCUUGUGAUCAUUCAUUCUUUUUGUUUCUUGGUUUCUGUGCUAGAAAUGUGAUCAUUCCUUUCAAGUC